AUGAAACUAAAAUUGCUACAUGAAAUUCACUUCGUGGCUGCAGGUUCGCUUAACUGCACUGCGUUCAUGUUCCUACUGAACAGCUUCGACGGCGAGAAUCUCGCAAUUUCCUUGGCGACUCAAGGGCAGCCAAACAAAAUCGAAAUUCUCGACCUCGCAGCUUUGCCAAAGCCCGCCUCCAACCUGACCUGGGAUGACGCCAUCAACUCCGUCCGCCUCGAGUGUGCUUGCACCAGUGGAAACUGCUCAAGCGACUACGCGAAGGUGGUCUUGCGCCUCUUCGCGCAACCCUAUUGGCGGAAUGUCGGCGGAGGCGACCAGCUCAACGUCAGCUGCUUCCCGACCUCCAUGCCCGUGUGUGUCUCGAUGCUUCCGACCAUGCCGGCUGGCUGGGGCGCUCGAGCCAGUGCCGUGGCACUUCUUUACGACAUGCCGGACUAUGUGCUACCCGCCGCACCGCCGAGUAAGACGGGCGGCGUGCCCAGCCCAACGCCAAGUCCCAGCUCCAGUCCAACCCCAAGCCCCAGCUCCAGUCCAACCCCAAGCCCCAGCUCCAGUCCAACCCCAGCCCCAAGCCCAACCCCAAUGCCAAGUUCCUCCCCCUCCCCCAGACCCCUUCCCAGCCCUGUCCCUAGUCCCAGUUCCAACCCCAGCCCCAGGCCGCCGCCCCAGUCAAAGGCCAAGCCAAAGCCCCCUCCCAUGGCGAAGGGGAAGGCCCCUCCAAAGAAGGAGACCCCCAGGGCCGCUCCCGCCCGUGGAUAG